AUGGGAGACUGUUUAGAAACGUGAUUAGGUUUUGAAUAUGACCCUUUUACGUUUCAAUAUUUAGAAUUACACCCCGAUUUGGUUACUAUUAAAAAUCAAGUAUACAAACUUAGUUAUAUAUGCAGAAAAUCAAACAUCAUCCCAUAGAGGAUUAAUAACAUGUUUAAACUGCACUGGGAUGUUUUAGCAAAGAAAAUACAAUACGCUUAUACUUAAGUAAAAACAUCCAUGUUUUGCAACGAUUAGUUAUUAUAAUGGUGAUUGUAAAUACUAUUGCCUUCUGUUUAUAUGACUAUUAAAUUAGAGAUAGUGUAAAUAAUCUAAGUUAUAGAAACAUAGCUUCAAUAAUAAUUGAAACAAUAUGCAAUGUAUUUUUUGGGAUUGAAAUAAUAAUUCAGUGCAUUUGUUAUGGAGUGAUAAUGGGAAAGAGAACAUAUUUAAGAAAUAUAUGGAGCUGUCUAAAUUUUUUGACUUUUGUUUGUACAUGGUCUAUUUAUUUAGAUUAGUCAAAUACCUUCAUUUAAUUGUUAAGAGUUAUUCGUUUAUUAAGAUUAGUGAGACUUUUAUAAGAAAUUCAUUAUUUUAGAGAGCAUGUAGAAACCUUUUUUUCAUGUUUUUUGACUAUUCACACAAUAAUAAUACCAUUGGUGAUAGUGAUUUUUGGAUUUUCAAUAAUUGGAUUGCAUUUACUUAGAGGAGUGACAGGACGUAGAUGUGCUAAAGAUGGAAUUAUUGAUUUAAGUAUUAGAAAUUUAUGUGGAGAAUGGGAAUGUCCUAAUGGGUAUAAAUGUUUCAUUAUAAAGUUAUGAAUGUAUUGACCAUUAUAAUUCUGAAGACUUAAAUUAUUUAGACUUUUAUUAUGGCUAUUACAAUUUCGAUACUAUUUAUGAUUCAUUUUUAAGUGGCUACAUGUUUUUUAAUGCAACAGGUUGGUCACCUACCACUUUUUAUUUUUGGAAAGCUGUAACUCCUCCUGCUACUGCAAUAUAUUUCAUAUUUAUGCUUUUUAUCUUGUAUCUUUAAAUUAUUUAUGUUAGACAUUACACUCUAUCUGAUUUAUUACUAGCUACUUUAUAUGAAUCAUUUCUUGUCAGUAGUGCCAUAAAAAAUAAUCUUUAAUCUAAUAAAUCUGAAUUAUUUUCUUAAAGAAGAAGAACUACUGUUACCUUAGUUAAUAAUUAAAACAAAGCAUAAAUUAACUUUCAUAAAUUGCAUAUGAUUACUUAAAUAUAAUCUUAACAUAGAGCUAAUCUUGUAAUUCCUGCUGAAAUCUUACACAAUAUUAAUAUAAAAUAAAAAGAUCAAUCUUAGAUUAUUAUUAGAAUUAAAUAAUUUGAUUAAAUGUUCAUUAUUGCAUCAACAAUCAUAUUAUGUUUAGAUUAAAUUGAAAUGAGGCAUCCUAAAGAAUAUUAUGCAGAUAUGGUUAUGAAUUUCUGCUUAAUUAUUAUGACUAUAUUAAAAUUAAUUUUUUUUGAGAAAUCAAGGAGAAAAUUAUAUAUCAUGGUAGAUGUACUUUUAUCAUUUGCUUUAAUAAUUGUCAUUAUUUUAGAAUUUUUAAAUUUUUAAAACAAUGUGUUUAUUAUUAUUAAAGCUUUCAAAGCUUUUAGAUUAAUAAAAUUAAUUUAUAAAUUAGAAUAUUUUGGAGUUAUUAGAUUAUUGCUAAGAUGUCUUAUUGAAACAAUAAUUAAAAUUAGACACCUAAUAAUAUUAUGGGUUAUCUUUGCAUUCUUAAUUUCAAUUAUUGGUUAAGAAUUGUUCGCUCAUUAUGUUUAAAGAACAGAUGAAAUUGAAAUUCAUUUUAAUGGUAUUGGAAAUGCAUUAAUGGCUGUAUUUAAUAUUUUUUAUGCAGAAGAAUGGCAUGUAACUAUGUAUUAACAUGCAUUAUCUAAACCUGCCUCAUCCUUUAUUUUUUUUCUAAUUGUGUUUACCCUAUCUCAUACUCUUUUUAUGAGAUUGUUAAAAGCAUUGUUUUUAAAUGAGUUUGGAAAGAAGUUAAACGAAUUAGAUUUAAAAUACCCAUAAACAGAUUAUUUAUAAAGAGCAUGGUAGCAUAUAAAAAAAUCAUGUUUUUAAUAAGAAUCUACUACUUCAGCAUCAUAAUCUGAAAAUGAUGAAGAUUCAAAUGUUCCACUUGAAGAAAUUGAUCAGAAUGGAGUCAAAAUUAAAAAUAUUAUAAUGUAAACAAAUAUUUCAAAUUAUCAAAAAAUAGUAGAAAAUAAAUUAUUUAGAAUUUUUAUUCUAAUUAUUGUAACUUUAAGUGCAGUCAAAAGUGCAAUAUAAAAUCCAUUAACAGAUCCUUAAAGUGAUGAGAAGGUAUUAAUUCAAUUAAUUUUAGAUGAUACUAGAUAUUAUAUAAUAUAUUACAACUAUAUUCUUUAUGAUUGAACUUAUUUUGAAUUGUUUAGCCUAUGGAAUAGUAAAAUUCAUAAAUCAAUCAUUUUUAAAUAUUAUUUCCAUAAUAAAUAUUAUUGUGAAUAUUAUUUCAAUAGGGUUGGGUAAUCCUGCUUUAUUUAUUUUAACUCUCUUUGACUCUUUAAGAGUAUUAGCAUUUUUAAAAACUGGAGCAGAUGAAUAUCCAAUAUUAAAAUAAGCUCUUCAAGCUUUAUUUAAUGCAUUUACUAAGAUGAUUUAAUUAGCACUAUUUAGUUUUCUAAUUUUAUUAAUGUACAGCAUUAUAGGUAUGUAAUUACUAAAUGAUGAAUUCUAUUAUUGUAGCAUUCCUGAAGGUAAUUAAGCAGAAUUACAUUUAAAAACAAAAAUUGAUUGUUUUGAUAUAGGAGGAAAUUGGAUUAAUAGAACUUUAAAUUUUGAUAGUUUGUUUUAAUCAAUAAAUAUUUUAUUUUGUGUAACAACAUCUGAAGAAUGGAUUCCAUUGAUGACACCUGCAUGGUCAGCUUCAGGAAUAGACCAUUAACCACAUCAUGAUAAAAAUAGAUAUUGGUCUAUUUAUUAUUAAAUGUUUUUCUUUAUUGGUAACACUUUAGUUUUGGGGAUGUUUGUAACUUUAGUUGUUGAAACUUAUAUAAAAACGAGGGAAGAAUCAUGUAAUAAUAUUUUAUAUAUUUAUAAUAGAAAAUCUACACUUGUUAGAUGAUAAAUAAAGAGAAUGGUUUUAAAUUAAAGAAUAGAUAUUGCAUUUAAAACCAAAAAAGAAAUUUAAACUUCCAACUAAUUUUAUAUUGAAUACUUUUUAUAGAAUAUAUUAGCUAUUUUAGAUUCCAUUUUUGAUAGUAAUUUUAGGCAACAUCAUUAUCCUUAGUUUAUAUUAUGCAAGAAUGAAUGAAGAAUAUGAAUAAGUUUUGAAUAAAAUCAAUUAAAUCUUUAUUUUAAUUCAACUUUUUGAAAUACUUAUAAGUAUUGUUUAGGUAAUUGAUUACACAUUUAAGAUUUAUGAAAUUUGUGGAAUUAUAUUAAGCGUAUUUUCAAGUUUUCUUGAUUAUCAUAUUCUUCAUGUAGUAGCAGUUGCAUUUUAAGUUUCUAGAAUAUAUAAAUUAACUUAACAUUUUAAAACAAUUUAACAUCUAUUUCAUGCUAUAUUUGCUGUUUUACCAAAUACAGCAUCAAUGUUACUAAUAAUGUUGGUAGUAUUAUAUUGUUACACAAUUGUAUCUUGUGAUUUAUUUGCUUAUUUACGUCCUUAAUAAUCAGUAAAUGGAUUUGAUAUGCAUUUUAAGGAUUUCUGGGGUGCUCUAAUGACUUUGAUUAAAGUAUCAUCAGGUGAGAAAUGGUGGAUAGUUUUAUAAGAGACAGCUUUAAAGUAAUCACCAGCUGUAGCAUGCAUAAAUAUUGAAUCAUAUUCUGAAUUUUCAGAAGUAGGAUUUAAUGGAUGUGGAUCAAAUCUUACUUAUCCAUUUUUUAUUUCAUUCAUUCUUGUAUUUUCUCUACUGAUUUUGAACCUUUUGGUAGCAAAUAUCAUAGGAGCUUAUGAACAAUAUCAUAAAAGUGAAUAAAGUGCAAUAUCUAAAUACUAAUUAUUAGAUGUUAUGGAAUUAUGGUCGUAAUUUGAUGAAAAUGGAGAGGGUUUUAUAAAUUAUAAACUUUUUUGGAGAUUAUCAUCUUAAAUAGCCAUCAUUUUUGGUUUAGAAUAAUCAGAUUUAUUGGAUGUUAAUAAUAAAAAGAGAUUUUUGAAAGCUUUGAAGAUUCCCAUAUAUGAAUUAGUAGAUUCUAAUCUUCUUUGUUAUAGAUUUCAUGAUGUGAUUGUCAGUUUGACUAGAAUUUCAGUUACUAUCAAGUAUGGAGUCUUCAAUUUAGAACCUGAAGAUAAAGAUAUAUUUUCUAAAGUCUAUGGCAAUAAAUAUUCUCAUAUUGAACCUAGGUUUCGACAAACAAAAUUGAAUAGCGGAGAUAUGGUAUAAAUAUUAUUUUAUCAAGGUUUCUAUUAUUUUUCUUUAGCAGAAGUUUAGAGAAUGGAAAUAAAAAUCCCUUUUAAAAAAUACUAUCAUUUUAGGAGGAAUUGGAGAUUAUAGAAGUUUAAUUUAUAUCAAAUCUAAAAAAAUUAGUGAAAAAAUAAAUGAGUAGAUGAACAAUCAGAAUUGA